AUGCUCAAGACGUUCGAAGGCAGUACAAUGAAGGAGGUCCCAGAAAACAUUGACAAGUCAUCACAACCACCACCUCCGCCUUACGUGGCCAACCCAUUAGCUUUGCCCGAUCCCCCUCGUCGCCGCCAAAGACGCAGUUGUGAUGCGUGUCGACGCAGCAAAAGAGCCUGCGAUGCAGAAAGGUUUGCUGACUUUACAGGCCAAUCCUGUUCGAACUGCCUCCGAAAAAAUCAGGCCUGCACUUUCAACUGGUUGAAAGCUACCGCAAACUCAAACCAGGAACCUCAACGAAAGAGGACAAGAUCUGGGACUCAAAGUAGCAAUGACAGCAUCGAGGAAUCCACGAAUCAGCAUCACGGCUUCCAAGGCAACGCUAGUUUCGAGGUAGCUGACCGAAGAAGACGCUGGGAAAAGUCCUUCGGGGAAGAGGAGGAUCAAGACGAUGACUCAAAUAACAUGCCGCCCGAGGAUAUAGAUAACAAGAUGAGCGGGUCAAGCUAUGCUGGCGAUUUGGUGCCAGUGCGAUCACGCAAGAGCUAUGGACGAGGCCCGUUCUCGUCGUCGUCACACUCUCAACGAUCCUCAUUCGAUGGACGGUUUAGAGAUAAGCGGGCGAUGGGUGAAGGUUCAUUUCAGUUCAAAGACAUGCUCCUAGGGGAAAGGAGUUCACGUGGUUUCGUGACCAACGGCCUACUUCGGAUUUACAAUGACAGCAUGGAAAACGCCCUUUCAUGCUGGCUGACCGAGCACAACUGUCCGUAUAUACUACAGAAACAUAAGCCGUCUGUCCUAUCAGCAGGGAGAGCAAACAGGGAAUGGGGUUCGUCGUGGGGUAACCGAAUGUACAACCGCGUCAUUCAGCUUGACCGAGCGUACAACUCCAUUCGUAUACGAGCCUUGACGGCCGAGGAAGAGCGUACAGCUUCCAAGGCACUCAACAUGGCCGUUGUGGCCUUUGCAUCGCAAUGGGCUCAAGCAGGUGACCGAGGUUCGCGGGCUCGGCCGACAGACUACAAUUUCUCAACGGACGAAUUCCCAGAGUCGAACUACUUUGAGCGAUCGAUGCAAGAAGGUCUGUGGCACCAGACAUCCCAGAUACUGCACCGUGCAGCUGGUAUCGAUUCGUUCCGCGUCGUCUUCGCAAUGAUCAUCUUCUCGCUCACGCAGCGGCCUCUCGACAUAUCCCGCCCAUUUCCGUACAGCGUUUCCCAAUUGAAAGCCAAGUACGAAUACUUCAAGAGCAUCAUACAAGACGAUGAAGCUCCGAUAUUUCUGGAACUAGCAUUGCGCCAGAUGAUGGCUCAGCGACGCGCACUAGAGCGUGCAGAACAAGCCAUGCCUAGAACCGCAGACGGAGAGUUCCAAGAUCCUCUCCGACAAGAAGACCGCGACACAUUCAACUUGCUAUACUGGCUUGGUGUCAUAUUCGACACGCUAUCAGCCACAAUCUCACAACGCACAGUCGUCGUCGACGACGAAGACUGCGAACUCCCUCGACAAGAGAGCCGCAAACCCGCCCAGCCCACUCCUCCCGCCGUCGCCACAUCUGCCUCGACUUCAUGGCCAGUAAUACCCAACAUGUUCAACACCCAGUUCCAUCCUGUUCCCCCAGACGCCACCAUCGAAGUCCCGACCGUAGACAGUGAGGCAUCUAAGAACCCAGAAGACAACAAAGUAUGGGGCAACUUGUUCAUGCGCAACCCAGACUCGCAAGCAGACCCCGAAGCAACGAGAUGGCCGUGUAGUUACACACUCGCAGCGUCAACACUGAGUUCCGCCGCGCCAGUAAAAGUGCUAUUGUAUCGACGGGUAUCCCAGAUUCAAACGCUGGUAUCACGACGAGCGUCAGCAUAUAAAAUAGAAAACCAGUCCGCCAUCAACGCCGCCUUCCAAGUAUACACGCACUGGUCCCGCACCUACGCCCCCUUCAUCUCAGACUGCAUAACCCACCACGCCACGCUCCCCACACGCAUCCAAUCCUGGUACAUUCUCCUCGCGGGCCAUUGGCACCUCGGCAUCUUCCUCCUCUCAGACCUCCUCCACGCAAUCGACUCUGCAGCCCUCUCGCUACCCAACGAGCGUGCCUGCCGUCUAGCUGCUAACCUCGUGGCUACGCUGCGCCGCCAGAAUGCGGUCGCGGUCGCGGAUCUAAGUCUUGCGAGUAUACACUCCGCAACGCAGAGCGAAGAGGAAUUUGCGGCAGCAGCGGCGGCGGCCGCCGGAGGGGUGCGCAGCGAAUUCCAUUUUGCGCUCGGUGAAGCGGCGUUAUUGACGGAGCCGUGGACCGUUGUCUUCGUCCGUUCGUUGUGUAAAGCAGGCUACAUACUCGUUUCCAUCGCUGCCUCCACCGACUCCACGCGCGAAGAACGCGAGCAAGCGCAGUCGCGAUGCGGAGAUUGCAUCGAGGGUCUGUGGCUUCUCGGACGGAAAUCCGACAUGGCGUUCCUGGCGGCCCGCUGCUUGAGUAGCAUGCUGGAUGAUGCGGUGAUGGAGAUGGGGAGCAGAAGCGCAGCGACGACGACGACGACGGCGACAACGGAGGAUGAAGACGAGGGAGGCCGCACUAGUGCGAGUGAGAAGAGUCCUGCCCCCGGUGCUGGCGCUGCACCUAUGAUCGCAGCUACAGCGCAUUCUACGUCGUUCUUUCAGAACUGGGGUAUCGAUGAUAUUAUGGGUGAUACACACACUCAAAGCCAUGCCGGAGCACUACAACCAGGCCAACAACAACAACAACCCAACUAUCCCCAUCCUCAUCCUCCUCCUCCAUCCAGCUACCAAGGAUCUGCGGCUAGCUACCCAGACUCCAAAGCCCAGCUUCCGCUCACAGAUAGCGAUAUUUUGGAUUUCCAGGCGCCGUUGGAUCUGGAUGGGACCGGUGUUUGGGAUUUCAAUAUGCAAUCGUAGGGUUGGUUGGUUUUAUCGGAUAUAGAUUGAUGAUUGAAAUGAUUGAAUGACCAUAGACAUAACCUUUUUGUAGUAUGUGGAUGUUUUUAUUGACUGGUUGAACGUACAGCCAACAUCAGUUUAGUCUUUUUUUCCCCCUCUGAAGUGUAGGAGCU